CAACCCGGGUUCUCUCCCUCUUCCUUUGCCCUGCCGACUGCCGCCCGUGACGAAUAGCUCAGCGAAUUCUCCGGCCGGCGCCGCCCCGUGCCCCCGUCCGUGGUUCCAGUUGCCGAACUCGCCCGUCGCCACACGAUCUCUCUCGCUCCGCCGACGCCGCGCUCGGCUUCAGCUCGAGAGGAGGAAAUGGCCAGCAGCGGCUACGAGGGGAUCCUCCUGGGGAUGGGGAACCCCCUCCUCGACAUCUCCGCUGUCGUCGACGAGGGCUUCCUCGCCAAGUAUGACGUGAAGCCUGGCAAUGCCAUUCUUGCCGAGGACAAGCAUUUGCCAAUGUAUGAUGAAUUGGCUAGCAAGAGCAAUGUUGAAUACAUUGCUGGAGGAGCCACUCAAAACUCUAUCAGGGUUGCCCAAUGGAUGCUUCAAAUUCCUGGCGCAACAAGUUACAUAGGUUGUAUUGGGAAGGAUAAGUUUGGUGAGGAGAUGAAGAAAAAUGCACAAGCUGCUGGUAUUAAUGCCCAUUAUUAUGAGGAUGAGAAUGCUCCAACAGGCACAUGUGCUGUCUGUGUUGUUGGUGGAGAAAGGUCACUUAUUGCUAACUUGUCUGCUGCAAACUGCUACAAGUCUGAACAUCUGAAGAAACCAGAGAAUUGGGCACUUGUUGAGAAGGCAAAAUAUAUUUACAUUGCUGGAUUUUUCCUUACGGUGUCCCCGGAUUCUAUUCAACUUGUUGCUGAGCAUGCUGCUGCAACCAACAAGGUGUUUAUGAUGAACCUUUCUGCCCCCUUUAUCUGCGAGGUUUUCCGUGAUGCCCAAGAGAAAGCUCUUCCGUAUGUGGACUACAUCUUUGGAAAUGAAACUGAGGCGAGGACCUUUGCUAAAGUUCGUGGUUGGGAGACUGAGAAUGUUGAGGAGAUUGCUUGGAAGAUCUCUCAAUUACCGAAGGCUUCAGGAACACACAAGAGGAUUACUGUGAUCACUCAAGGUCGUGAUCCAGUAGUUGUGGCUGAUGAUGGAAAGGUGAAGACUUUCCCUGUGAUCCUCUUGCCCAAGGAGAAGCUUGUUGACACGAAUGGUGCAGGUGAUGCCUUCGUUGGAGGCUUCCUAUCUCAGUUGGUUCAAGAGAAGAGCAUUGACGAGUGUGUCAGAGCUGCCUGUUACGCCGCCAAUGUUAUCAUCCAACGUUCUGGCUGCACUUACCCUGAAAAGCCUGACUUCAACUAGACCCAUCUAAAAAUCGAGAGAGUUAUAACCAUACUUCUAUAGGCCACAGUCUUAUGGCAUCUGAUCUGUAUAAUUGAUCGUAUCAGCAGAUUCAUCUUGAUCUAUCUGCGGUACAUUCUGGUGUCACCUUACAGGUCAAAUGUUCAUGCGUGUAAGCGUGUCAUGUCCACUUUACAAGUGCAUGCGUCCGUCAACUCUUGCAAGGAAAACUGCUGGUUGUAAGUUGAGCCAUGAAAAAUACUCGAGGCCACAAUAUGGGCCAAAAAAAAA